AGCUCAUUGAAAAAGCUAAAAGGUUUUAAAGCUCAAAAGAAAGCCUGAUUUUGCAAAGCAGACUGCUUUUUCCCCUUCUCAUAUCUCCUUUCUAGCUCCUCUCUCAGAUUAAUAUAUUGAAGCAACCCAGUUCAACAUCUGUACAGAAUAAAGGAUUCUUGAUAGAUUAGGAGCUUCAUCUGCAAGACAUAAUCAGAAAAACCCACUACAUAAAUCUACCCAUAUGUUAGACAACCACCACCACCACCACCACUUCACUACAGCAGCUGGCCCCGGUCCGGGCCCUUCUUCUUCUGAUCUCUUCCCAUCCCAAGAUAAUGGCCUUCCUAACAAAAGGAAAAGGCGUCCUGCUGGUACUCCAGAUCCGGAUGCGGAGGUGGUGUCCUUGUCCCCCAAGACCUUGCUUGAGUCAGACCAAUACGUAUGUGAGAUCUGUAACCAAGGGUUCCAGAGGGAUCAGAAUCUGCAGAUGCACCGGAGGCGUCAUAAGGUGCCGUGGAAAUUGUUGAAAAGGGAUUCCCCGGAAGUGAAGAAGAGGGUUUUCGUGUGCCCAGAACCCAGCUGCUUGCACCAUGAUCCUUGCCACGCGCUUGGGGACCUCGUCGGGAUCAAGAAGCACUUUCGGAGGAAGCACAGCAAUAAUAAGCAGUGGGUUUGUGACAAGUGCUCAAAGGGCUAUGCUGUUCAAUCUGAUUACAAAGCUCAUCUUAAAACUUGUGGCACAAGAGGCCAUUCUUGUGACUGUGGUCGAGUCUUUUCCAGAGUUGAGAGUUUCAUCGAGCACCAAGACGCUUGUACGGUCCGGCGAAUCCAUGCGGACCUGCCUGGAUUCCAGCCUGCAUGUUCAUCUCGUACUGCAUCAAGUACAAGUCCAUCCAAUGACAUGAACUUCAGUUCCAUCCCAACAAUUCCGAGAUUGCCACACAUCCAACCUCCUCCUCAGACUGUAUUUUCACAAACCCAUGAAGACAUUCAAAACAACUUGGAACUUCAGCUCUUACCGUCACUAUCACUUUAUGAACAAAACAACACUCAUCAAACCCAUCUGAAUCUCUCAAUUGGAAGUGGACUUAGCUUGCAUAGAGAAGAAGAAUUGAAGAUAGCUAUGGCAGACAAGGCAUUUGCAGAAGAUGCUAGGAACCAAGCAAAGAAGCAAAUUGAGAUGGCAGAGAUGGAGUUUGAGAAUGCCAAGAGGAUUAGGCAACAAGCUCAGGUGGAGUUAGAAAGGGCUAAGGUUCUUCGAGAACAAGCCACCAAGAAGAUCAGCUCCACCAUGUUAGAGAUCACUUGCUAUUCUUGUAGGCAACGUUUUGAAGCCGCUACUAAUCAUGCUGCAGCCACUACAGCUGAUGAGACCUCCAUCGCCCCAAGCUACAUGUCUUCAGCUUUAACAGAAGGUGAAGGAGAUUAGUAGUAUUUCAAGAAAACCUCUCCUUCUCUCCCCAUCUGUUUGCGUGUUUAUAAGUGAUUACAUUCAUGUCUUUGCAUUUUACUUCUGAAAGAAAAUAAAGAAAGGAUUGAACUUGCUUGUUGU